AUGGACGCGUGUGUCGAAUUCGAUGGACAAAACACACUUUUACCAUUGUACGUCGUGAAGUCGGAAAAACAUCCGUUGAUCGGGCGCGAAUGGCUGUGUCGUAUGCCGGUCGAUUGGAACACAUUGUUGUUGAAGAAAAGUGCAGUUAACGAGAUAGGUAAAGGUACUCCGGGAAAUAACCAAACUGCUCCAUAUGAUGCUACUGAUCCUGCUGCUACUGUGAAGAGACUGCUGCAAAAGUUUCCGAAAAUGUUAGAAGAUUCUAUCGGUAAGAUCUCCCGUGUUCAAGCGAACCUGCCACUGAAGAAUGAUGCCCGUCCCGUAUUCCUGAAAGCACGUAAAAUUCCGUUAAAUCUGCAAAAGGUUGUUGAAGCUGAGCUCGACAAGUUAGAAGCUGAAGGAGUGUUGAUAAAGGUCAACCAUAGUAAUUGGGCGACGCCGAUUGUGCCAGUAAAGAAAUCCCACAACCGUGUACGUAUCUGCGGGGAUUAUAAUCAAACUGUCAACCCUAACCUGGUGGAGGAUAAGCACCCGCUUCCAACGGUGGACGAGCUGUUCGCCUCCCUGGCUGGCGGGAAGAAAUUCAGCAAAAUUGACCUAGUGCAGGCCUACUUGCAAAUGGAAGUUGCUCCGGAGGAUCGUGAAAUUCUUACCCUAAGCAGUGCAAAAUUUGACUUUUUCGCUCCACAGUGCUUAAAUGGUUUCAAAUCGGGUCCUGAUUAG